AUGCGGUCGCGACGAGCUGCUCUAUCGGCAAUAGUUGCUGUUUGCGUUCUGAUAUCGGUUUAUGCACAGAGUUCAAGAUCUAUCAAGGAUAAAAUCAGUCAACUACCAGGAACAACAUUCAAGACAUCCUUUAAUCAAUAUGCUGGAUAUUUGAAAUCAGACAUUGGUUCUUCGAAUUACGAUCUUCACUAUUGGUUUAUUGAGUCGCAAAUCAAUGCUACAGCUGAUCCACUCCUUUUGUUCAUCAAUGGAGGACCGGGAUGCAGUUCAGUGUUUGGGCUGUUUGAGGAAAUCGGACCAUUUCGUGUAAACUCUGAUAGUCAAACAUUGUUUGAAAACGUUUUUGCUUGGAAUAAGGUCAACAAUCUUCUUGUGAUCGAUGCUCCAGCAACGGGAUUUUCAUUUGGAGAUGAUAACCAAUAUCAAUCGGAUUCAUUUGUCGUCAGCGCAAUUUUGAACGCUUUGGUUGACUUCUACACAAUUUAUCCGAAUUUAGUAAAAAAUGAGUUGUAUAUCGCUGGAGAAGGAUAUGCAUCGUUUUUUGCUACACCAUUGGCAUACAAGCUUCUCAUCAACUCAAUUCCAUUUGAAUCGCGGUUCAGCAGCCCUAUUAAGUUUAGAGGAUUGCUUUUGGCAAACGGUGUUUUGAGCAGUCAGCAUAACUAUAAUAGCAUGUUUCCUUACAUGUUGACACACGGAUUUGGAAGCAUUAGAGAUUACGAUGAUUUAAAAUCAGUUUGCUGCAAGAAUAACAGAACGAUCAAUUGUGACUUUUAUAAUGCUGAUGGAAAUUGCAAAACCAAAGCGAACGAUGUUAUUACUAAAUGGAUUAAAAACAUGGGGAACACUAUGAAUCUUUAUCAGGAUUGCUAUCGCUCAAAAAUUCUUCUUCAAACCAGCGCAAUUGUGAAUUAUAAUUCUACCGAUCCAUUUGUUGGAUAUCCAUGCACUGCGGAAAUUGCAACUGAAAAUUACUUGAAUCGUGAGGACGUGAAAAAUGCGUUCCACGUUUCGUCUUCAUUUAACAGAAAAUAUGAAUCAUGCAGAGCCAUUAAGUACGGUCAGCACUCCACUGACCUUUUAGGCCAAAUUGUCCUAGUACUCACUGAUGCAAACUACGCCAAAAAUAAAGGAAAGAUUAUGAUUUACAAUGGUGAUCUGGACCCGUUGAAUAAUUUUAUUGGCGCGCAAUUGUUCGGACAGCAAAUUGCUGAUGCGCUGAAUUUGAACACGACUGAAGAUCGAAUCUGGCGUCAUAAUUAUGAUUCAGCUGCUUUCAAAUGGAUGGAUGGCGGCGUGAUCACGAGUUAUACCAAUAAUCUUCAUAUCGCUUCAAUUCGAGGAGGAGGACAUUAUGCGCCACAAACCCGCCCAUCGCAGUCGCUUCAAUUGUUCCGCGAUUUUGUACUCGAUCUAUUCUAUAACAACUGUUUGAGUCGUGUCAACAAAGUGGCGGCUCCUCUGUUACCUGAAUACCAGAAGGUUGUGGAUAAUGAGAAGCGCAAGAAUGCUGAUAAGAUAGCAAGUCUACCAGGAUUGACGUAUGAAAUCAACUUUAACCAGUAUUCCGGAUAUCUCAAAGCGUCAGAAACUCACAAGUUCUUCUAUUGGUUUGUUGAAAGUCAGCAAAAUCCUAAUCGAGAUCCCGUGCUCUUAUGGCUGAAUGGCGGACCCGGAAGUUCAUCGGUUUGGGGAAUGCUUACGGAAAAUGGCCCAUUCCGUCCCAAUAAGGAUGGGCAGACGCUUUAUGAAAACAUUCAUUCUUGGAAUCGAUUUGCUAAUGUUCUUUACAUCGAAUCACCGCAUCAAGUUGGAUUCUCUUACUCGACGACUCCAAAUGAUUACAUAUAUGGAGAUGACUUGACGGCUGAAAAUAAUUACAAUGCUUUGAAAGACUUUUUCACCAACAUUUUCCCGGAAUAUAAACAGAACGAGUUUUAUAUAACUGGUGAAUCUUACGGCGGAGUUUAUGUUCCAACUCUUUCGCGUCUAUUGAUUACUCGAAUUAGUCUUGGUGACAUUAUUCUUAACUUCAAGGGAAUUGCUAUUGGAAAUGCGGAACUCACUACUAAACUUCAAGUGAAUUCAGUUAUCUUCCAACUUUACACAUAUGGUCUUGUUGGUGAAACGGAGUACAACGAAUUGGUUGCAAAAUGCUGUCCAUCAAACAUCGAUCCAACCGAGUGCGAUUUUUACACUCCUUAUAUUUAUUUUGACUAUCUUGGAAACUAUCAUCCAGUCGAAGGAGCCGAUGAGUUCUGCUCAAAAACCAUUCUUGGAAUUGCCCAAGAUAUGGUUUGGACAAGUCUCAAUAAUCCAUACAAUAUUUACCAGGAUUGCUAUACUACCCCAAAUCCAGGAACCUCUUCCUCUUCUUCUUCUGAUUUCAAUGCUGCCGUUGGCUUCCAGGAUGAAGGGCAACUUAUCAAUCUCGAUUCUUCUGACCCAUUCGAUGGUUUUCCAUGUUGGAAUACCGAUGCUGCGACUAUUUAUUUGAAUCGUGCCGAUGUGCGAACGGCUCUUCAUGUCCCAGAAUUCGUUCAACAAUGGCAAUCAUUUAACCAAACUGUUAACGAGCAACUGUACAAUAGAAGCUACUUUGAGUUGGAUAACGUGUUAGCUGACAUUAUUAAAUCUUACUAUUAUACCAACAACAAUAUGAAAAUUCUGAUCUACAAUGGCGAUACUGAUAUGGUCUGCAAUCAUCUGGGAGACCAAUGGUUCAUUGAACAAUUUGCAAAGAAUAUAAGCUUAAAUACAGUUGUUCCGAGAAAUACUUGGAACUAUGCUUUGCCUGGAACAGAAUAUGUGCCACAAUUGGCUGGAUACAUCAAAACUUUUGAAAAAAAUUUGAAUCUCAUGACAGUGAAGGGUUCUGGACAUCUUGUCCCGCAAGAUCGACCUGGUCCAGCGUUGCAAAUGAUCUUUAAUUUCAUUCACAAUUUGAACAUGAAUAAUUCUUAUCCAUACAACAUUGAUCCGAAACCUCUUCUCCCAGCUUACACGAACUUGGAUGACUGUGAGCCAGCGGUCUAUCCAAACGCAAAACCACUUCCAACCCUACCACCAUUGCCCCCAUUGCCACCGGGUGUCACUUAUCCAUCGUUGGAUUCGGAAAGACGCUCGAAACGAAGUAUUGACGAACCAAAAGUUUUCUUGAAUACAAAUCCGGAUCAACCAACAAAAUUAAACGAUAUUGCUAAGAAAGAUAUGAUACUCAGCCUUCCGGGAUUGACAUGGAAUGUCACUUACCGCAUGUUCUCUGGAUACCUGACACCUCCAGAAAAACCAUUGAAUCAUUUGUUCUACUGGUUUAUUGAAUCUCAAAGUGAUCCCGUUAACGAUCCGGUUGUACUUUGGCUCAAUGGAGGUCCCGGAUGCAGCUCCAUAGGUGGAUUUUUCACCGAACUUGGUCCAUUUCACCCCAAUGAUGAUAAUGGUCAAACUCUCUACGAAAAUGUUUACUCAUGGAACAAGAAAGCCAAUGUGAUCUUCCUCGAAGCUCCGGUUGAAGUUGGAUUCUCUUAUACGGAAGACAAUAAUUAUAUUUGGAACGAUGACACGACAGCUGAAAUGAACGCUUUUGCCAUCAAAUUAUUCUUCAAGCAGAAUUUCCCGCAAUAUGCUCACAAUGAAUUCUUCAUUACUGGAGAAUCCUAUGGUGGCGUCUACUGUCCGACGUUGACAUUACAAUUGAUUGAAAUGAUUACUGCAAAAUUGUUAGACUUGAACAUUAAAGGAAUGGCUGUGGGAAAUGGAAUUCUCAGCGAGUAUCUUCAAACUAACUCGGAAAUUGUUCUUCAAUAUGGAAGAGGAAUGAAUGGAAUUGAUGAUUGGAAUUCUUUGAAAUCUGAUUGCAAUAUCACAGGAAACCCAAUUUACUUCGACUUUCAAGGCGUUCCAAAUGGAACAGCCUGCUAUGAUGCGGUGAACUGGAUUCAGGAUAAAUUCUACAAUGAUGAAGAAUAUGGCGAUCUAUACAAUUUGUAUCAAGACUGUUAUACAUAUGAUUACAACGAGUUUGAUGAGAAAUACAACUUUGGUGCCAAUUCACGACGACAACUUGCUCUUAUCAAGCUCAGAAACCGGAAGAGAACUUCAGUGAAUGCUGUGAAAUUUAGAGACACACCUAGCAGAAGUUGGUAUUAUUCAACCGACCCAUUCCGCGGAUUGAACUGCUAUGGAGGAGAUGCGCUGGUUACCUAUCUUUCGAGAGAAGACGUACAGACUGCGAUUCAUGCAAAGAAAAAGAUACGCUGGACGGAUUGCGUAGAUCGUAAGUUAACACCACAAUGGAAAUAUAAAACUCAGGAGAUAUACUACGACAUGAGCGACACGAUCAACGCUAUCAUGAAUUCCAAAUUGUACACAUCAAACAAUAUGCGCUUAAUGUUCUAUAACGGUGAUGUUGACACAAUCUGCCAGUUCUUGGGCGAUCAAUGGCUUAUUGAAAUGCUUGUCGCUAAACGAAACCUUACGACAAUUGCUCAACGACAGCCAUGGAUUUAUCAAAAGUCCAGUUCCUUUGCACCAACGAUUGCUGGAUAUAUCAAAUCAUGGAGCCAAAAUCUUGUGCAGCUUACUGUGAAGGGAUCUGGUCACUUUGUGCCGUCGGAUAGGCCGGCUCAAGCUCUUCAAAUGCUCACGAACUUCUUGACAAAUCAAACGAAUUACAGUACUCCAGCCAAUAUUGAUACAAAGCCAUCACCAUUAUUCCCAACCUACUCUUCGUCAACGAACUGCACAAGAGCGCAAGCCGACAGAAUCGUCUCACUUCCAGGACUUCCAGUCGAUAUGAAAUUCCGACAAUAUUCCGGAUUCCUUGAUGGAAACAAGAACCAUAAGAUACAUUACUGGCUUGUUGAAUCGGAAAAUGAUCCAACGCAUGAUCCACUUCUCCUUUGGUUGAAUGGAGGUCCUGGCUCAAGCUCGUUAAUGGGAUUGUUCGAAGAAAAUGGACCGUACCGUGUGAGCAAAGAUGGAACAUCAUUGAGCCGCAAUCCGUACGCGUGGAAUAAAUUUGCGAAUAUUCUUUACCUCGAAUCCCCAACCGGAGUUGGAUAUUCGUAUUCAACUGAUGGUGUUGCGGUUGAAUAUAAUGAUAAUGCUACAGCUUACGAAAACUACAAUGCACUUAAAUCAUUCUUCAAACUCUACCCACAAUAUCAAACAUCAGACUUCUAUACGACUGGUGAAUCUUACGGAGGAGUGUAUGUUCCGACACUUGCGAAACUCAUUGUUCUUGGACUUAAGAGUGGUGACAUCGUUGUUAACUACAAGGGAAUGGCUAUUGGAAAUGGUGUUAUUGAUAAAAACACAGAUUUCGAUUCGCAACUUCACUUCCAAUAUUAUCAUGGAGGAAUUGAUAAAACAACUUAUACAACUGCUCUGAACUUGUGCUGCCCAACUGGCGAUGAGUUCCAUUGCAAGUUCAGCAGUCGAUUCACAAAUAUGAAUAACUCAAUUCCAUGGGGGAAUCUCAGCGAUCCGUGCUACGACUUUAUCGUUAGUGUUGGAGCAAAUCUUUUGCUCAAAGCAUUCGACCCUUAUAAUGUUUAUCAACAAUGCUGGACUCUUUCUUAUAAUGACACCACACCUCGUACACCUUAUGGCGAGGACUGGACUGGAAUCAACUAUGAUUCUACUGAUCCUUACAAUGGAUACCCUUGCUACAUGGAUCAAGCUAUGGAAACUUAUCUUAACCAGAACGGAGUUAGAAAAGCUUUGAACAUUCCAGACAGUGUUGGAAGAUGGUACGGUAUGAACGCGAUUAUCAACGCCUACACUCAGCAGGUUGAUACCGAUACAGACAUUUUUAAGACAAUUAUAGACAAUGCUCCGGCUGACUUUAACAUUUUGUUGUAUAAUGGUGACGUUGACGCCAUGGUGAACUGGUUUGGUGCUGAAAUUUACACAUCAGACGCGUUCACGAAUAAGUUGAAAUUCCAGAUUGCAACGGACCGUUCGCCAUGGUAUUACCAACUGAGCAAGGAUUACUACACAACUCAUGCUGGAUUCCAGACAAGAUAUACGAAUGGAAAAAUGAACAUCGAUGUGCUCACGGUUAAAGGUUCUGGACAUCUUGUACCACUUGAUCGUCCUCAGCAAGCCCUUCAAAUGAUCUACAACUUCAUCAAGCGUCAAAGUUAUAGUAUUCCAUAUGAUAUUUCUCAAAAUACUACAACCACUACAACCCAAGCUACUACUCCAGCGAGUGGGUCAACAGGUGGAUCAACACUAUUCCCAGGAACGGCGACAACACAAAAAGAUAAAAGGAAAACAUUCUUAUGGUCAAUCCGUCAUCCAAAAAGCUCGUCUAGUGGAUUUCUAUUUGGUACCAUUCACGUACCAUAUACGGAAGUUUGGAAUGAAGUGAGCGAUCGAGUCAGGGAAGCGUUUUCAUUGUCCGACACUGUUCUGCUCGAAGUCAAUCUGCAGGAUGAAGCGACGGUGCGGAGGUUGAUUCGAUGCAAGAAUCUGAAAAGAAGGCAAACUGCGAAAUCCUAUUUACCUCCUUCACUUUAUAAUAGAAUUGAACGAUUGAUGCUUCUUUUUCGUAAAGUUCUUCAAUCAUGGGCUCAGCGUCAAAACACCCACAAUGAGGAUGCAUUCAAGCGAGCAAAUGAGGUGUACACCAGCAUUGCAGACGGCUGGGAGAGGAAAAGACCAGAAUGGCUGCUUUUCUUAUUGUAUCAAAUGUGCGAGAAUGUUCUGGAGCGAUCGUCAAGCCCGAUGCUUGAUCUAUUCUUGGCUCAGAAGGCCAUUAGUGAGAAGAAAAUGAUUCGAGCGAUUGAGACCACAGAGGAACAGUGCAAUCCGAUCGAAUCUGUGUCUGAUGAUGAUAUCAUCUUUUCGAUAAGCUAUACCGUCGGAUACCUGGAAAGCAUUUAUGCAAGGGAUCGAAUUUUUCAAACAAAAAAGAGCCGAUCGAUUUCGGAAUUGGUGAAGCAUUACAAAUGCGGAACUCUGGAAGAGAAGAUUUUUGAUGCCACCGAAAUAAGUAGAACGGAGAGCCAUGCGAAUUUGGAAGAUAGGAAAAGAGCUGAAAAGAUUGACCAGAAACUGAAGAACGAUAUUAUUAUUAGAAGAAAUGCACGAAUGGCGAAGCGUUUGGAUUCACUUAUCACUAAUUUCAAGGAUAAAACGAUAUUUUCCGCAAUAGGAACCGGUCAUUUUUUUGGAAAUCACAGUGUUCUCAAUCAUUUGAAAGCACAAGGAUACAUUAUAACUGAGAUUAGCAAUGAAGAUAUAAUGUAUGUUCAGAAAUUUCAAUUCCCGAAAAUAGAAAAGUUUCUAAAGCUCGAUUCAAUUCCCUAUGGACUCGAGAAACCUUCCUGGAUGAUCAUUCCGUGGUUAUUGAGUUAA